AUGAUGGAAUUCAGCCGUCAGUCACUCUCCACAGGUUGGAGUUUCCGCGAUCGCGAUGCCGACGAGUGGAUGCCAGUAUCGGUGGUGCCGUCAGUGGUGCAGCAAGAUCUCAUUGCCAACAACAAGCUGGAGGAUCCAUUCAUCGGAUUCAAUGAGCUGAAAGCUCGUUGGGCCAAUGAGAAGUCUUGGGUAUACCGCAAUACAUUCCAACGACCACACGUGCCCGAGGGUUCCGCAGUGGACUUGGUCUUUGAUGGUCUGGAUACCUUCGCUACGGUUAAGCUGGACGGUGAAGUCAUCCUGACCAGUGAUAACAUGUUCUUGGGUCAUCGCGUCAACGUGACCAAGGCAUUGGAAGCAGAAGGUGAUCACACGCUCGAGAUCGAAUUCGACUGUGCUAUGCUCAAGGCUCGGGAGCUGCGAGCCCAAGACCCAAACCACAAAUGGGUUGGAUUCAACGGAGAUCAGGCACGUCUGGCAGUACGCAAGGCACAGUAUCACUGGGGUUGGGACUGGGGUCCAGUGCUGAUGACCGCCGGUAUCUGGCGUCCAGUGACCCUGGAAGUGUAUACAGCUCGGGUUGUCGACCUCUGGCCCCAAACGCAGCUGGCUGCAGACCAUCAGUCGGCCGAGGUGACUGCUACUGCUAAGUUUGACACGGUUGCUGGUGGUGAAUACACGGCUCGCUUCAGUCUUAGCCUGAAGGGAAAAGAGAUUGCGACCCAGGAUAUCCCUGUAUCUGAGAAUCAAUCAGAGGUGACCUUCCGUGUUAACCGCCCAGAGCUUUGGUGGCCUCAUGGAUAUGGAGAACAGACACUAUAUGACGUCUCGGUGUCACUACACCGCGGCGACGCACCAGUUGUCGAGAAAUCCAAGAAGUUCGGAAUCAGAACCGCCGAGGUCAUUCAGCAGCCCGACAAGCACGGAAAAUCUUUCUUCUUCCGAGUCAAUGGCAUGGAUGUCUUCUGUGGUGGUUCAUGCUGGAUUCCAGCGGACAGUCUGUUGACCAACAUCACUGCGGAGCGAUACCGUAAAUGGAUUCAGUUGAUGGUCGAGGGUCGACAACUCAUGAUUCGUGUCUGGGGUGGCGGUAUCUAUGAGGACAAUGCAUUCUACGAGGCCUGUGACGAGCUCGGCGUGCUGGUAUGGCAGGACUUCAUGUUUGGCUGUGGCAAUUACCCAACAUGGCCUACGAUACUCGAGUCGAUCCGUCAAGAGACAAUCUACAACGUCCAGCGGUUGCGACACCAUCCUUCAAUCGUCAUCUGGGUCGGCAACAACGAGGACUAUCAGGUGCAAGAGUCAGAGGGUUUGACCUACAAUUACGAGGACAAGGAUCCAGAGAGCUGGCUCAAGACGGAUUUCCCUGCUCGUUACAUCUACGAGAAGCUGCUCCCAGAAGUUGUGGCUGAGCACUCGCCGAGCACCUUCUAUCACCCUGGCAGCCCUUGGGGUGAUGGAAAGAAGUCAUUCGAUCCUACCGUUGGUGAUAUGCACCAGUGGAAUGUUUGGCACGGUACACAAGAGAAGUAUCAAAUCUUUGAUACUCUCGGUGGCCGGUUCAACAGCGAGUUUGGCAUGGAAGCUUUCCCGCACCUGUCGACCAUUGAACACUUCGUCGAAGACCCCAAGGACCUGUUCCCCCAAUCUCACGUCAUUGACUUCCACAACAAGGCCGAUGGACACGAGAGGCGGCUGGCUACAUACCUGGUGGAGAACCUGCGGACAGCUACUGAUCUCGAGACUUACAUCUACUUGACUCAAGUCGUCCAAGCUGAGACCAUGAUGUUCGGCUACAGAGGCUGGCGCCGCCAAUGGGGCGAUGAGAGACAUUGUGGUGGAGCCCUCCUGUGGCAGCUGAACGACUGCUGGCCCACUAUCUCCUGGGCCAUCGUCGAUUACUUCCUGAACCCCAAACCCGCCUACUAUGCCGUCAAGCGAGUUCUAAACCCCAUUGCCGUGGGUGUCCGCCGAGAGCACCAUGAUUGGAGCGUCGCUCACGCCCAGCCACCACGUACCAGCAAGUACGAGCUUUGGAUCUCCAGCAACAAGCCAGACACCGUCCAGGGCAGCGUUGAGCUGCGAUUCCUAUCCGUCAACACUGGCAGGGAUAUUCGGACACCGAUCGUGCGUGAAGAUAUCACGAUCAUCGCCAACGGCACUACCAACAUCAUCACCGACGGUUUGAUUGAUCACAUCGCCGAGCCCGAGCCACAUGUCCUUGCGGCCCGUUUGUGGGUUGACCACAAGGUCGUCGCACGAGACGUUGACUGGCCGCAACCCUUCAAGUACCUCGAUCUAUCUGACCGAGGUCUUGACGUGCAAUUAAAGCGUGAAUCUUCCGGACAGGCAACCCUGGUCCUUAACACGCGCAAGCCGGUUAAGUGUCUCGUCAUCGAGGAACAAGAGGGGGUCCGACUGAGCGACAACGCUAUCGAUCUUGUUCCAGGUGAUGAACAGACUGUGGAUGUUACCGGAUUGGGUGACCGGCCUCUGAAGUACAGGUUCCUAGGCCAGGAAUCGGUCGCAUUGCUCCAGUGA